AUGGCGGGCUUGACAGAAACCGUGAAACGUCACUUUCCUCUGAAAAAUGUAAGGGAUGUCAUUCAAUUAUUUCAGUCACAAAUUGAAGAUUACGAUGAACCAAACCUGGCUUUACUCUCGAUUGUCGCUGGUUAUAUAGAAAAUAUGUUGACAUGUAAUAGGACAUUACCUUCUAACAAUGACGUAGAAAAUGCCCUUGAACUUAUGUUUCCAGUAGUUGAUUUUUCUACUGUAGAAGCUUUAUAUGAGAAGUUCAAAUGUCAAAUAAAAGGUACUGUUGACUUAACGCAAUACAAAAGUAGCAAAUUCGCAUCUCGGGAUCUUGUGAAGAAAGUUUCUGACAUAAUAUGGGGGUCAUUGACAAGAAGUUAUUAUAAAGAUCGAGCACAUCUGCAAUCACUCUUUAGUUAUUUAACAGGCAAUAAAUUAGAUUGUUUUGGUGUUGCUUUUGCUGUUGUUGCUGCUUUUCAAGUUCUUGGAUAUAAAGAUGUUCAUUUAGCUUUAUCCGAAGAUCAUGCAUGGGUAAUAUACGGCAAAGAUUCUGAAGAAACUGCUGAAGUGACUUGGCAUGGAAAAGGUAAUGAGGAUAAAAGAGGCCAACCAGUAGCCACUGGCAUGGCUGAAAAGUCUUGGCUGUAUUUAAAUGGGUACCCAGUUAAGUGCACCAGAAGAAUGGAAGUUGCGGCUCUUGUCUCUGGUAUCAAUCCAUCUAUAAAUGCUAUGUCAGAUAGCUUAGAAGUAGCUCGCUUGCAGCAGCAACUGCUGUGGCUGUUGUAUGACCUGAAUCAUUUGAAGACAUAUCCAAUGGCUCUGGGCAAUCUUGGUGAUCUUGAAGAAAUAACUCCCAGUCCUGGUCGACCGCCUCCAAUUGAUCUAUUUCAAGAAUCUAUUUUAGCUGCUCAGAGUUUUUAUUGCAACAUGCAUGUUUAUCCAUAUACGUAUCUUGGAGGCUAUUUAUAUAGGAAUGGACGGUAUAAAGGUGCACUUGAAGCAUGGGCAAAUGCUGCAGAUGUGAUACGAAAAUAUAAUUAUGGCAGAGAAGAUGAAGAAAUAUACAAAGAAUUUUUAGAAAUUGCAAAUGAAUUAAUUCCACACAUUGUUAAAGUAGUGAGCACUAAUGGUUGUGAACCAUCUGGCCAAACUGAGACACCUCUGCUCCAAGAUCCAGACUGCUUUGCGUACUUAUUAAAAUUUUAUGAUGGACUUUGUGAGUGGGAAGAAGGAUCUUCAACUCCUGUGCUACACAUUGGCUGGGCAAAGCCACUGGUUUCCACAAUAUCUAAAUUUCCCGGGAAAGUUAGAAGCAUAGUUGAUAUUGCAGUUCCAGGCUCAAAAUUAGAGGCUGAUUUGGAUGUUGAUGACCAUGAAAAAAGUGAGGAAAAGAGACUACUAGAAAAAACAAAUAAUAAAGUUACUAAAGAAAAUUCGAUCAAUGGGUCAUCAGAUAACAAGUCAUCCAAAAACCUUACGAAGUCGAAAACUAUUUCUUUUGAAAGUGAAGGAAGUAAAAACAAAGUGAAAAAAGCAAGUGCAGGCCAAGAAACAGAGUUUUUACAAACUCUGGAAACACAAUUAAACUCUGAUGAGGAACCUCAUCCAAAUAUUAGGGCAUUAGCAGCUGCUUGUGGUGAUAAUAUUUUAAAUCCUGAAUAUUUAUUGGGGUCCGGUGAACCUUUCUCAUCACAUUCUUCAAAUGCAUCUUCUACAGAAGCGCAUGAUGUUCUCAACGCCAAGUCAAAUGGUACUCCUGCUUUUGAUGUAAAUACAGAAUCAAAUUUAAAUGCUGAAUCGGUUACAAAAUUUUCAGAGGAUCUAGAUGGUGCAUCGGAUUCUGCAUGUGUUACGCUAAUGAGCCAGAAAAUGAAGCGACUAAAAGAUUUAUUACUUGCUGAGAAGUUAAAUACAUCGGCCAUUCAGUUACAACUAACAGCGCAAUCUCAAGUGCAAGUUCUUAAGAGGGGUCGUCAAACAAAUGAAAUAGAUUUUUUGUCUGGUGGGCGCUCAACAAAGCGAAGUAGGCGAGAUUAAAAAGCCAUAGUCAGG